UUAAAAAAAAAAAAACUUGCUUUGGGUGUAAAUUCUGCUUUCCCAGCAAGAAGGCGGUGGGAAGAUGUUGCAAAUGAGAACUUCGAGGGUUGUUGCGAGUCUGUUGUUGCGGGACACCCACCGCUUUUCUAGGCGGUUCAGAGGUUUUGCUUCUUCGGCCUCAGUGCAGUCAUACGAUAUGAGAAGAGUCGAAAUUACUCCGCUGGAACAACGGAAACUCACCUUCGACACCCAUCGUCUGGUGCGAGAUCUAGAAGCCCACGGAUUUGCAAAAGAACAGGCUGAAACGGUUGUCUCGGCAUUAAUGAGUUUGUCGGCGGUCAGCCUGGAUACCGUCUACAAGGAUAUGGUGACGCAAGCCCAACAGGAAAUAACUUUGCAGCAGAUCAUGUUUCACCUGGAUUCCAUUCGCAAGGAUAUGGUCAUUCUUGAGAAGAGCGAAUUUGCCAAUUUGAGAGCAGAAAACGAGAAAAUGAAAAUUGAAUUGGAUCAAGUUAAACAGCAACUAAUGAAUGAAACUAACCAGAUCAGAGCUGAAAACAAGCUGGACAUCAACUUGGAGAGAAGCCGAGUGACCGAUAUGUUUACAGAUCAAGAAAGAAAGCUGAUGGAAGCCUCCACGGAAUUUCAUAAAAAAGAUUCCAGCACCAACAGCUCCCUGACGGAAGUCAACAAUAAAAUAGAUGCUGAGAUUGCAGCUCUCAAAACACUCAUGGAGUCGAAUAAGCUGGAAACCAUCCGGUACUUAGCAGCUUCUGUUUUCACUUGCCUUGCCAUUGCUUUGGGAUUUUAUCGAUUUUGGAAAUAAGAAACUCACCGAUGGAGGCGGGGGGGGGGGGGAAAGAGGGCAGAGCAAAAACAUUCCUCAUUGGGCACCUCCGACAUAUCUGAGAUAACAUCUUCGGGCUGAUGUUUUCCGCAUUUUUUUCAUCGUCCAGUGAUGUUUUUCAUCCUCCGUCACUCUGGAUAGAAACAGCUCAAACAAUUUGUGCCCGGUUGAAGAGUUGUAGAGGGUGAUCUACUGGAGCCCAAGAGAUCUCUGGAGGUUGAAAACCUAGAAAAGGGAGUUGAAAAUAUACCGGUUGAUCCAAAACCUGCAACCAGCUAAUCGUGUCAUGUCCUGCAGCUGGUUUUCUCUUCUCCAGCCUGAUCCUCUUGGCCGUCAUCUUUUUGGGUUGAAUCUUUUCUCUCCGCUGCAGUGGAGAGUUGGGACCGUAGCUUUGAGAAUUCGGAUUGGCUGCCAAUUUUCAGUUGCACUCCUAAUGUAUCUGGAAGGUGACAACAACAGAACGCUGGUUUUCGUGCACGAGCGUCUUUCCAAGCUAAGAGCUGCUGCUGGUGGAGAAAUUUCUUUUCAUCCGAUGUCCUCGUGCCCUCAUAUAUAACGGCACUAGAGAUCGUGUCUCGUAUAUAACGGCACUAGAGAUUGUGUCUCGUAUAUAACGGCACUAGAGAUCGUGUCUUGGCACGACAAAAACCAACCAACAGAGAAUGCUCAAAAACUGCUUUAUCCUGGUUUAAGGUGACUGAAUGUAUUGCAGGGUUGUUGCUGUUUUUUCAGUAACGCUACUUAUAUUCCAUUGUAGAUUGGAAAUCUAGGCCCUUUCUACGUCGCUGUUCUCAGGAUUGCAAAGCAGCCGCUCUAACCUGGCGUUCCCUUAACCUGGGCUGCUUCCAAAUGCAUGGACUUCAACUCCCAGAAUUCUCUUAACCACCUUGACUUUUGCUGGGAAUUCUGGGACGUGAGAGACAAGCAUCUGAAGAGACUAUAAGCCGUGAUAGGGGAGAUGUCAGGCUGCCUCUGAUUAUAACCAGGAAAGAAUACACCUUGACUUCAUUUGCAAAUAAAGAAAAGUACUUUUACUAGUUACAUCUGGAUAGCAGCAGAGCUAAGUUGGAUCUGAGACAAAAUAUGGCUAACAAUCCGUAUCACCCUAUUCCUCCCUCCUCUUUCCCAAAAGGUCAUCAGGUCUGGUCCAAUGCCAGCUCCUUCCCGGGGUCCCGUGGUAAUCUUCCGCAGGUCUCUGGUUGUCAAUCAUAUCAGGAAUGCAAUGUCCGUUAGAGUUCGCGCUCAAACAUUCCUGUUGAAUUCAAAACAUUAAUCUCCCCUUCCACCUUAAUUAUGUCAGACCGACACUCUUAAAGGCCCCUCUCUACUUAACUUGAAUCCAAUAGCAUUAGAAAUACAAUCCCACACUAUCUAACAACUGAAUAUAAGGAGUACAAAGAGAUACGAAGUUUGGAGUGGAGGCUGACAGGAGAUAUGUGACAGAAAAAUUAAAUAUUAAAUAGUUUUAGAAAAGGCGGAGAGAACUGGGGCAGUGUUUCUCAGCCUUAGCAACUUUAAAAUGAGCGGACUUCAACUCCC